CCCCCAGAUGGCCCAGAUAUUGCCACAAUUGACCAUAUAAGCGAUCAGUUCGCAACGGAGAUAAAUGUUACCUUGAGCUGUGUUGCUGAUUCUAACCCACCAGCACAAUUCACUUGGUUACAGAAUGGACAAUCUGUCAGCAACUCAGCCUCAUUUUCUAUUAUUACAUCCCUGAAUCAUAUCGGAAACUAUACCUGUAUUGCAACUAACUCAUUUACUGGCUUGACGCGCACUGCAAACAAGACUCUUAUGAUCUAUGCGCCACUGUCCAAACCUACCAUUCUCACCUCCAACAAUACUGAAGUGGAGACCAAAGACUUCUCAUUGACCUGCAAUGCUACAGGUCAAAUUCACGCUUACAAGUGGUUCAUAAACGGAGUUGCCCCAGCUGGUCGCAGGAUACAGCUGUCGCCAGAUAGGAGGACACUGACUCUCCGCAGUCUCACAAGAAGAGAUAACAAAGGGCCCUAUGUGUGUGAAAUCGAGAACCCAUUUUAUCGCAAUAGGAGUGAUCCAUUCACACUGGAUGUUGCCUGUGAGUAAAUUUGUUCUUCCUAUAUGGUGCCUGCUUAUAGCUUGGUGGUGUGUUCCUAGAGGCCAGGCUAAUUCCAUCCCUCCUCAGAGAGCUAAAGAGCUAGGCUCUGAGGCACCCAACCCCUUUCAUCUUUAGGGAGCCCAAAUUGGCCUUGUCAUGUGUUCUGGUGGAGGGUGGCCAUCCAGGGUGCUGAACUGGAGAAAGCCCUAAGAUCUUCCAAGUUCAGAU